AUAAGUCAUGGGCCGAAUACCAACGGUCAACUCACCGAAUAGGGAGCCGAGCCCCACUUCGCAGGCCUGAUGGAGACUGCUACCUGGCUUCGUCUUCCGAUCUCUCGAGUCCAAAUAGAGAGGAACAAAAUCACAAACAUCUGGUGGAUUUAUGUUAAUCUUUGGUUUGGGCGAAAGAGAUUCUGGGAUGCGGAGGUCUUCUUCAUUGCUCGCCUCCUUAUCCGUCUCUUCUCCCGCGAGAGAUGCUGCUACCUUCCAAACUGACCUCAGUGUCAUCCAUCCGCCCUCUCCUAGAAGGAAAGCUGCAUCAUCUUCUCGUGAAACCGCCCCCGAUAAUAACAUCCGGGGUGGAAACUCUCAGUUGGAAAGCCUGGUGAUCGAACGAUGUCGAUCAGAGGCUCUUACGAUCGAAGACGCGCUCGAUUUGUUUGACACUGCAGCGGGUGCUAGCCCGAAACCCUCCAUCUCUGUCAUCAACGUCGUCCUCAAUGCCAUCCUUCGAAGGAAGCAUUACCCAACUGUUCUCUCUCUAUAUAACAAGCUAAAUCAAAUGCAAGGAAUCACGCCCACCAUCCACACAUAUGGAGUCCUUAUCAACUGUUGCUGUCGCAUGAAUUGGGUGGAUUUGGGCUUUGGCGUCUUCGGGGAGCUCCUGAAACGUGGCCAUGUCCCUAACGCCAUAAUCUUCAACACUCUUGUUAAUGGCCUCUGCUCCGAGAAGAGGGGGCUCUGCAGUACUGGGAGCUUGGGCUUGGCACUGGAGCUGCAUCAGAAAAUGGCCACAUUGGAAGGUCGUUGCAAGCCUGACAUGGUUACGUAUAACACAAUCAUCCACCACCUUUGCAAAGAGGGAGCUGUAGGCAAGGCUCUCGAACCACUCGGUGAAAUGACUCAUGCUGGUGUUGCCCCGGAUGUUCGCAGUUACAACAGCAUCAUUCAUGGGCAUUCGACUUUAGGCCACUGGAAAGAGGCUGCCAAUUUUUUCAAGGAAAUGGUCGAUCGAGGUCUUUCGCCGGAUGUAGUGACAUUCAACAUGCUGAUGGAUUCACUUUGCAAGCAUGGGAAGACUGCAGAAGCCCAUAAGCUACUUGAUUUUAUGAAUGAAAUAGGGGAAAAGCCUAAUGAAUUGUCAUGUACUAUAUUGGUGCAAGGAUAUUCUCGAGAGAGCCGUCUUAUAGAUGCAAUGGAAGUCCUUGAUUCCAUGUUGGGUAAAGGUCUUUCUCCAAAUUGUCAUACUUACUCUGCUUUGAUUGAUGGAUUCGUCAAGAAUCGAAGAAUGGAUGAGGCUAUGGAGCUAUUCAAGCAGAUGCAACAACAAGGAGUGAAGCCCAAUGUUGUUACCUAUAGUAUUGUACUAAAUGGACUAUGCCACCUUGGAAGAGUGGAGGAUGUCAGAGGCCUCCUUGAUGAGAUGGUGGAUCAUGGAAUGCAUCCAAAUGUCAUCACCUAUAGCUCUAUAAUAUGUGGGUUUUGUACAUUGGGGAAGUGGAAAGAAGCUUUUCAGUUGCUUAAUGAAAUGAUAGAGCGAGGAACUUAUCCUAAUGCUGUGACACUCAAUGCAUUUAUUGAUUUCAUGUGUAAAGAAGGAAAGGUUCGAGAGGCACAUGGAUUAUCGGAAAGGAUGAUUAGUGGAGGCAUAGAGCCUAAUGUUGUUACUUAUAGUACAAUAAUGGAUGGUUACUGUUUGGUAGGGCGAAUGAAUGAUGCAGUGAGAGUUUAUGAUUUGAUGGUUUCAAAAGGCCAUAAGCCCAAUGUUGUAACAUACAAUAUAUUGAUUGAUGGAUAUUGCAAAAGGUGGAUGAUUGAUGAGGCUCUGAGCCUCUUUAAUGCAAUGCCUCAUAAAGGAGUGCAGCAUACAACCAUUGUAUGCAACACCAUAUUAGCUGGGAUGUAUCGAGUACGUAGAGUUGCUGAUGCAGAAAAAUUGUUUGAAAAGAUGCUUGCAGCUGGGGUACGCCCAGACCUUUACAUAUAACAUAAUCUUGGAUGCACUUUGCAAAAACCAACGUAUUGAUGAAGCUAUGAAGCUAUUUCAAGAUACAUUGUCUUUCAAUGUUAACCUCGACAUUGUCUGUUUCAACACCUUAAUUGAUGGUUUGUUCAAAGCUGGUAAGGUUGAAGCAGCCAAAAAUCUCUUCAAUGCUAUUCCUACCAAAGAUUUGAAGCCUAAUGUUGUUACAUAUAGCAUAAUGGUGAAUGGCCUUAUUAUAGAAGGGCUGUUUGAUGAGGCGGAUGGCUUGCUUUUGCAAAUGGACAAAUCUGAUUGCUCUCCAAAUUCCAUAAUGUUCAAUACCAUUGUCCGGAGCUUGCUUCAGAAAGAUGAGAUAAUGAAAGCUAUAGAUUUUCUUUAUAAAAUGGAUGAGAGACGCUUUCCUCUCGAGUCAUCCACUGCAUCUCAUAUAUUAGUUUUGUUCUCAGAGGAUGGAAAAUAUCAUGAAUAUCUGAAGUUGCUUCCAAAUUUCUCUCAGCAUUGUGUGAAGUGAUAAGGUUAUAUUAAAUCAUGAACAGAGGUUUAUGAAUGCUUAUAUCUUAAGUGCACAUUGCAAUCAAUUCAUCAAUUUUUUGUAUGACAUGUUUCUUUCCCUGUCAUGAUGAAUUGAGAAGACUAUCCACUAAAUGGAGGCUUGACCUCCAAAUGUCAGAUCAAGCUCUUGUGAGAACUUGAAUAGGAGUUUUUCAGGAACAAGUUUUCGAUAUCGGUGGGUCUGCUCUGGUGGUGGGGUUGAUGAACCAAUGAAGGUCAUGGUGAUGGAGAUCGAUGGCCACCUCAGGUAAGUACCUUCUACUUGCCUUAAAUGACUUUGCAUGACUACAGAUCAUCAGUAGGGGUCCCUUAUCUGUCUCAGAGGGUGGUUAUGCAUGCUUCUGAGCAGCAGAAAGGAUGAGUUGUACUAAGAAUAUAAUGCUAGAGUUCUUCUUGGUGAGAUGCACAAUUUCUGGAUGAUGCUAUUAGUCAUGGAUUGCGACUCAGCAGUAUAUCUAAUGUGGUGAUGUUGAUCCAGAUUCACAGCAGACAGCGCAACCUCUGAUAUUUGGAACGAAAUGGGCCAGUAGAUGAGUACUAUUACAAGAAGGAAAUGUGCCAGUAGUUAAGUGACUAAUUGGUUUUUGGCAUGAUUUAUAGAUUUUUAGUUUGUUGAUUCAAAUUCUGCUGCAAAGACUGCUUGGACUGCACUUUUUGUUUUUGUUCUUGUGCAUUUUACCACUACUGCUUCAAAGGGUGGAAGAGAAGUUAGUCCAAGAUAAUACGGAAUUUCUCAUUGAUGGCUCCAGCUAUUUACUCCGCUAUUCUAUAAACUGUGAAUCAUGUGUCGGACUUUACUAAUAUUGUACUUGAAGUUUUUACUUGUAAAUGACCAAGGAUAAUGCUUUUACUUCU